UCCAUUUUUCUCCUCUUUCCCAUACUUCAAAACGUCAAAGUGACAAGAAACCCAACCUCACAUUUUCGCACAAAUUGUGUUUAUUUCCUUCAAACUAAAAAAAUACGUGAUUUUGAUGUGUUACACUGACGCACUUAAUCAUGUUUGAUAAGUCUGAGAUGGACCAAGUGAUCUUAGCGACUGGGGGCUACGACCACACCAUCAAAUUAUGGCACACACAUUCCGGUAUUUGUUACAGAACAAUGCAACAUGCCGAAUCUCAAGUUAACGCUCUGGAAAUAACCCCCGAUAAGCAACUGCUAGCAGCCGCGAGUUACCAACACAUUUACAUGUACGACUUAAACUCAAAUAACUCGAACCCCAUUGUAAACUACGACGGAAUCACUAAAAACGUGACGGAUGUGGGUUUCGAGGUUGACGGUAGGUGGAUGUACUCCGGGGGUGAAGACUGCAGGGUGCGUCUGUGGGACUUGAAAUCGAAAGGCACCCAGUGUCCCAAAAUUUUCGAAGUCCAGGCCCCUGUGACCUGUGUUUGCCUGCACCCCAACCAGGUGGAGUUGUUCGUAGGCGACCAGAGCGGGAUUAUAUACAGGUGGGACUUGAAAACCGACCACAAUGAACAACUAAUUCCUGAAAGCGACGCUAUGAUUCUGGACAUUGCGAUUGACCCUCUGGGGACGCACAUGGCGGCUGUGAACAACAAAGGCCGCUGUUACAUCUGGAGCCUCAAGUCGGGGCAGAUCGACGAACCGACCAAAAUGAACCCCAAACACAAGUUUGACGCUCAUAAAAGACACGCACUAAAGUGCGAAUUUAGCCCAGAUUCGAGGUAUUUAGUGACCACAUCAGCGGACCAAACCGCCAAAAUUUGGAACACUAGUGAUUUUAGUUUGAGACAGGAACUGAAGCAGGAGAAUCAGAGAUGGGUGUGGGACGCUGCCUUCAGCUCGGACUCGCAAUACGUUUUCACAGCUUCCUCUGACUAUACUGCAAAAAUAUGGAACAUAGAGAAGGGUACUAUGGAAAAGGAGUACGCAGGGCACCAAAAGGCGGUCACAGCCUUGGCAUUUAGGGAUUGUGCAGUGUGAUUUCUUGUGUAAAUUGUUACUUAAGUUAUUAAAACAACAAAAUGAGUUUUGAUGA